AUGGUAAAACGAAUACAAGAAACUGAUCAGGAAAAGUCAGCACGUCAUGAGAAGUUGUUUAACCAAUUAGAUAUAGAUGGCAAUGGGAAAAUAGAACUAGAUGAGUUGAAAAAGGCAUUCUUAAAGAAUAAUCAUCCAUUGAAGAAUAAUGAUGAUGCAAUUAAAGAUUUAUUUAUUGCUAUGGACUACGACAAAAAUUCUGUUGUUGAUUUAAAUGAUUUCAUAAAGUACGUCUCACUGGCAGAAUCUCAAAUCGAAAUUGGUUUUAAUAAAAUUGACGUAGAUCAAGAUGGUAAAAUCAAACCAUCAGAAGUUUCAAAAUAUCUAUUGAAUUUAUCUAGAAAUUGUAAUGGAAAUUCUGGGGAUACCAACCAUGAUAAUAUUGCUAAUAAUGAUAGUAAUAGUACAAGUAAUAAAGUUCAUGGUAAAAACCAUAAUAAUAGCAAUCAAGAUAAAAAUGAAUCGAAUUUUACAAAAUUUAUUCAUUGGGCAUUUUAUAAAAAACAUAAAAAUAAUGAAACAAGUGAAAUGGAAAUCGAAAUUGAGAAUGAUAAAAACUAUAUAACUUAUGAUCAAUGGAGAGAUUUCCUACUACUCAUGCCAAAGGCAAAUGGUACUCGUUUACAAUCUGCAUUUUUUUAUUUAUUUCAAGAAGAUGUCGACUUAUCAUCUGAAGGGGACGUCACUCUAAUUAAUGAUUUCAUAAAAGGUUUCGGUUUCUUUAUAGCAGGUGGGAUUUCAGGUGUCAUUUCUCGUACUUGUACCGCUCCAUUUGAUAGAUUAAAAGUUUUCCUAAUUGCAAGAACAGACUUAUCUUCAACUUUACUGACAUCAAAGGAAGUUAUGUUAGCAAAUAAACCAAAUCUGAAUUUAAGUAAAAUUAAAUCACCUUUGAUAAAAGCUAUAACGACUUUAUAUAGACAGGGUGGUAUAAAGGCAUUCUAUGUCGGUAAUGGUUUAAAUGUAAUAAAGGUUUUACCAGAAAGUUCCAUGAAAUUUGGUUCAUUUGAAUUGACUAAAAAAAUAAUGACAAAAAUUGAAGGUUGUAAAGAUCCUUCAGAAUUAUCAAAAGUUUCAACUUAUAUUGCCGGUGGUCUGGCGGGUGUAGUGGCUCAAUUCUCGAUUUAUCCAAUAGAUACUCUAAAAUUUAGAAUGCAGUGUGCCCCGUUAGGUGCGCAUAAAAAGGGCAAUCAAUUAGUAAUUGAAACAGCAAGGCAAUUAUAUAAAGAAGGUGGAUUAAAAUUAUUUUAUAGAGGUAUUGCAGUAGGAGUAAUGGGUGUCUUCCCAUAUGCUGCUUUAGAUUUAGGUACCUUCACAGUAUUGAAAAAAUGGUAUAUUGCUAAACAAUCUCAAAAAUUAGGCAUUCCAAAAGACGAAGUAAUUAUAAGCAAUUUCAUCCUAUUGCCGAUGGGUGCAUUUAGUGGUACUGUAGGUGCUACCGCUGUCUAUCCAAUAAAUCUACUGCGGACUAGAUUGCAAGCUCAAGGAACAUUUGCUCAUCCAUAUAGAUACACUGGUUUUAGAGAUGUUUUAAAGAAAACUAUUCAAAGAGAGGGAUAUCCAGGUCUGUAUAAAGGUUUAUUACCAACCCUCGCAAAAGUAUGCCCAGCAGUCUCUAUUAGUUACUUGUGUUAUGAAAAUUUAAAAAGAGUAAUGAAAUUAGAAUGA